GCGGCGCGCGGUCCCAGCGCGCCCCCGGCCCCCCCGGUACCGGUGUCCAGCGUCCGGCCCGGCCCGUGUCCCCCGGUGCCGGCGCAUGGAGCUGAGCUGUGCCAUGGCGGGCAGCGCCGCUGCCCCGCCGGGCCCCGGGCCCCCCGCCGCCGCCGGGGCCGGGCUGAGGGACAGCGAGGAGUACGAGAGCCUGCCCAGCAGCGUCGCGCUCGGCACGCACAUGGUGGCCGGGGCCGUGGCGGGGAUCAUGGAGCACACGAUCAUGUACCCCGUGGACUCGGUCAAGACACGGAUGCAGAGCCUGCAGCCAGACCCCAAAGCCCAGUACAGGGGCGUGUACGAAGCUCUCAAGAAGAUGGUGCUGACCGAGGGGUUCUGGAGGCCUUUGCGUGGGAUUGAUGUCACCAUGCUGGGGGCUGGCCCUGCCCACGCCUUGUACUUUGCCUGCUACGAGAAAAUGAAAAAGUCUCUCAGUGAUAUUUUCCAGCCAGGAGGAAACAGCCACUUGGCCAAUGGCAUCGCUGGGAGCGUGGCCACGCUGCUCCACGACGCCGUGAUGAAUCCUGCUGAAGUGGUGAAGCAGCGGCUGCAGAUGUUCAACUCUCCGUACACGUCGGUGCUGGGCUGCGUGCGGACGGUGCAGAGGACUGAGGGCUUUGGAGCCUUCUACCGCAGCUACACCACGCAGCUGACCAUGAACGUGCCCUUCCAGGCCAUCCACUUCAUCACCUACGAGCUGAUGCAGGAGCACCUGAACCCCCACCGCCAGUACCACCCCCAGUCCCACAUCGUGGCCGGCGCCGUGGCCGGAGCCGUGGCCGCCGCCGCCACCACGCCCCUGGACGUGUGCAAGACGCUGCUGAACACGCAGGAGAACACGGCGCUGAGCUCCGUCAAGAUCAGGGGGCACCUGUCGGGCAUGGCCAACGCCUUCAGCACCGUGUACCAGCUGGGGGGGCUGCCCGGCUUCUUCAAAGGCGUCCAGGCUCGCGUCAUUUACCAGAUGCCCUCCACGGCCAUCUCCUGGUCCGUGUAUGAGUUCUUCAAGUACUUCCUCACCAAGCACGCGCUGGAGAAGAAAUCAUCCUCGUGAAACAGGAGCCGGGGUCCCCUGGGCCUCCUCCCAGGCAGCCCAGCUGCAGUUCUGCUGCGUUCACAUCUCCACAUCUCCCUGCCCGAGAUUCCUGUGGUGCUCGGUCACUGAGUGCCCCAGGGGGUCCAGGGGUCCCUGUCACUGAGUGUCCCCAGGGAUCCCUGUCACUGAGUGUCCCCAGGGGUCCCUGUCACUGAGUGUCCCAGGGAUUCCUGGUCACUGAGUGUCCCCCUGUCACUGAGUGUCCCCAGGGAUUCCUGGUCACUGAGUGUGUCCUUGUCACUGAGUGCCCCCAGGGAUUCCGGGGAUCCCUGUCACCGAGUGUGUCCUUGUCACUGAGUGUCCCCAGGGAUUCCCGUGGUGCUCCCCCAGGAUUCCAAGUCACUGGGUGUCCCUGGGGAUUCCUGGUCACUCAGUGUCCUCAGGGAUUCCCAUGGUGCUCCUCAGGGAUUGCUGGUCACUCAGUGUCCCCAGGGAGUGCUGUGGUGAUCCUCAGGGAUUCCUGGUCACUUAAUGUCCCCAGGGAUUCCCAUGGUGCUCCCCCAGAAUUCCCAGUCACUCAGUGUCCCCAGGGAUUCCUGGUCACUCAGUGUCCCCCUGUCACCAAGUGUCCUCAGGGAUUCCUGGUCACUCAUUGUCCCCUGUGAUUCCUGGUCACUGAGUGCCCCUUUCCCUUCCUUAAACAACAACAAAAAAAGAGUUUAUACAGACUUUGAUAUUAAUAUAUAUCUAUUUAAUAACUUUAUUUUGAAGCAGUGAAAUCGCAGGCUUCUCUUUUUCUGGAAAUAAGAUGGAAGAUGGAGUUUACUCCUUGCUGAAGGUUUAGGUUAUCCAACCUAAGCUGAUUUUUGUUUUUUUGUUUUUAUUUUUUUUUUUUAUUUUUACAGCAGAGAAACAAAAAUGUCCUGGCACAGAAGUUAAUUUUGUAUAAAUAUAAAAUAGCUGGAUAAUGUUUAUCCUUUAUUUUUCUAUGUAGGCACUUGGGUGGUUUUAAAAUGCUUUUACAGCUGGGUGCAAAGCUAUUUUAAAAGGGCUCAGUUCUUCCCUCCUGUAAGGAAGACCCAAAAUCACUGAUUUUAUGGCCAGAUUGGCUUUAAUUACCCAGGUGGUGGCCUGGCUUCUCCUCUGGGUGUCAAGGUACUUGGAAGUCCCUUGAGGGGACAAGGAAUGGGGACAUCACUUGGGGAACACGUGGGGCAUCUCAAAAUCCCUUUGUGGGGGAGAGGGGGAAAUCUCAAUUCCAUUUUUUUUCAACUCUUAAGGAUGUAGAUUUUUAACCAAUAUUGUUAUUUUUCAUUUUAAACUUGCUAAAGGUACAUUUCUGUGGGGUGGGACGGCUGACCAGCCUUCAUCCUUGCAGAGUUUAUUCCCACUUUUUCCUCUCUGGAGCCCUGAUCCCAUUCCAGGACCUCUCCUGGGAUCCCAGGGGGUGCCUGGUGCUGCUCUGCUCCCAGGAAAGGGAGAUCCUGGAGCUGCUGUUUACAGAGCCCCUGGCAGCUCCAAACCAGCCCAAAAAUCCUUGGGAAAUUCCCAGUGCAGAUCCAAGGGCACCUCCCAGCCCUCCCUGCUGCUCAUCCCUGUCCAGGAGGGGCAAAAACUCCACCUGGAGGGGGAAAACCCCACCUGGAGAAGCUCCUCAUUCCCUGGGUUUGGUUUUCCUGCUUGGAAUGCUGUGUGGGAAGGGUGGAAGCCUCCCUGCUCCAGCUGGGAAUGGCUUUAACAAACCAAAUUCCAUCCUCCAGCUGCUCCUUUGGGAGUUCAGGAGGGAUUUUGGGAUCCUGGAUGUGCCAAUUCCAGUUCCAGGCUCCAUUUCCCAUUUGAAUCCAGGGAUAAAUCCAUCUUUCCCAGCCCGAAUUCCAUCCUUCAGCUGCUCCUCUGGGAGAUCAGGAGGGAUUUUGGGAUCCUGGAUGUGCAAAUUCCAGUUCCAGGGUCAUUUCCCAUUUGGGAAUGGCUCUUCCCAAAGCAAAUUCCAUCCUUCAGCUGCUCCUUUGGGAGUUCAGGAGGGAUUUUGGGAUCCUGGAUGUGCCAAUUCCAGUUCCAGGCUCCAUUUCCCA